UCUAGCUUUAAAUCAAUAAAGUGUGUAAAAACUGGAGCAAUGGCGUCUAAAGUCGUAUUUGUCCUUUGCUUACAAAUGGCACUUAUGAAGUACACUCUCGGCCAAUGUAUCCCAGUGGCCGCUGUGCCAGAAUCAUGCGGUCCAAUAUUCGGUGUGCCAAGCGCGUUUACCAGCGGACUGGCAAUGCAAAUGCCCUGGAUUCCUAGCCCGAGCUUCUCAGUAAGUUCAGACGACUUGGGAGUAAUCGGCACGGUGACUGUUCGCGGUUCUUUGCCAUUCCUUGGCACCGUGAGCAUGGCAGGUGAGCUACCGGCCGUCGGUCAAGGCACAGUAAUGUAUAACUGUGGAAAUGGAGACAUCGGCAUUGUGCGUGAAGUGCCAUUCUCUGGCAUGGUGGCACCGAUGGGUGCUGUUUGCUACUGAUAUGUACUAGAUUUUAAGUAAUUUAUAUUAGGUACCUGUUAAAUAAAUAUUCAUUUAAAAAAAA